AUGUUUCGAUCAGCUGGGUAUAAAUUAGGUGCAAAUCUGAAGAGGGCGGUCAUCAAUGGGGAAGCGUCUUCUUCAAGAUUAUUAUCAGUACCAACAGCAGCUAAGUAUACUCACUUUACAGAAACUAGGGUUGCUUCAAUCUUCUUCUAUUCCUUCUCCUCUACUGCUGCUAGUAAUAAUAGUGAUCUUACUACUUCCGAUUCCGAUUCUUCUAAUUCAUUUGUGGUUUUUUAUUUGAUUAAUUCAUGUGGAUUAUCACAAGGUAAAGCAUACGGAUUCACUGAACUCCACAUUUCUAAACUAAUCCCUAGAUACCCAUCCAUCCUCUCAUCAAAACCAGAUAAAACCCUCAAGCCCAGAUUCGAUUUUUUCAUAUCCAAAGGGCUUUAUGGAAUUGAACUUGCCAACUUCAUCCCAAAGGAACCAUUGAUCUUGACUCGGGGUUUUAAUAAUGAAAUUAUCCCUUCCUUUGAUAUCCUUAAGAGCAUUGUUCAGACUGACCAAAACGUCAUUCAAAUGAUUAAACGAAAUAACUGGAUUUUUGGUAAAAACCUUGUUAAAAGAUUGAUGGUCAACCUAGAGAUCUUGAGAAAUGAAGGCGUCCCUGAAACUAAAUUAUCUGUUUUUCUGAACAACUAUCCUUGA